AUGAGUAGAGAACUUAUCAGACUUGAAAAUGCUUUUUUCAAACAAUUAGCCCAUGGAUCGACAAAAGCGCCGUUGGUGUUUCCAAACCCUGUGAGCAUCACCAUCAAGGCGGGUGACAAGUGGUGUAUCACUGGGACCCGCAAGACCGAUCUUUUGGGUGUUUUGGCCUCCCAGCAUAUUCCACUGCCGGCAUUAUCCAGAACCUAUCCAUUCUUAAAGGACUCCGUCUGGCCUACCUCUGUGGUGGAGCUAUUAGACUUUAAGGGUGCGCUUCCCACGGCACACUUGUCUGCGCGAUACGAGUUUUUCAAGGACGAAUUUGAUCUCACCACGAGCAAGUUUGUCCGAGGCGACAACAUAAUCACCAACCGCGAGGUCAACGAAGCGUUGUUAAAGGAGGUUUUCCGGAAAUUAAAGUUGGAGGGCCUCGAAGAUCGCUGGGCAUUGGGGUUGAGCAACGGGCAGAUGAGGCGUGCCAGAAUCGCCAAGGCGUUGCUCAAUGAGCCAAAGAUUUUGAUCUUUGACGAUCCAUUUUUGGGGCUUGAUCCAGCCGCUACCCAAAUGGUUAGUGAGAUUUUGGGCAACUUGUCUCCGGAUCCGUACGUCGUGUUGGGUUUACGGUACCAGGACAAAAUACCCGACUGGAUCACCCAUAUUGGGAUCACUGACAAAUCAGGAUUGGUCAGAAGCGGUCCUAAGGAGGAAAUCACGGGGUUGGUCAAGGAAUUUGCGGAUCAAGAGGAUGCCUUGAAGCGUGAGAAGCUUGCCAAGUUUACCCGCCAGCCUCAACCGAAGGCUCUUAGCUCAGAAACGUCUCCCGCUCAUAUUCACAUAGACAAGAUUUCGGUAGCGUACCGUGGAACUGAGAUUAUAAAAGACUUGCAGUGGAAGGUCUUCAAGGGCGAGAAGUGGCAUUUGAGAGGAGAUAACGGGACAGGAAAGUCAACUCUCCUUGCGCUCAUUACCGCUGAUCACCCGCAAUCGUGGAACUCCAAGAUUAUCAUCAACGGAGUGCCGCGUAAAACCGGAAGACAGAGCUACUUCGAUAUCAACGCGCCAAUUGGGUUUUCAUCCCCCGAAUUGCAUGCCAUCAUUCCCGACCACUUGUCCACCUACGAGUUUAUCGGCACUGGCUACCACGUCAGUGACAUGACGAAGCCUACUUUAUCUGAGAACCAAGCAAAACACAUUACUUCUCUUAUGGAACAGUUUGACUUUGCCAGCUACAAGGACACUCCGAUCAAGCGACUUCCGAUAAGUGAGCAAAAAUUGGCCUUGUUCUUGAGGGCCGUGGUUAAGAAUCCAGACUUGUUGGUCCUAGACGAAGCUUUUUCGUGUAUGGACGAUCUCCGCAUCGAGGAGUGCAAAGCGUGGUUGAAGUACAACUUUGCCGACAAGACCAUCAUUGCCAUCGGCCAUCUUGACCACGAGUUACCGGAAUGUGAGAAGUAUAUUAGGUUGCUCGGACCUGGAAAGACCGAAACGGGGAUGUGCUGA